UCUCCAACUCCAUAGGAAGAGAGAGAGAGAGAGACACUGAAUUGAGUUUAUUUUUGUCUCCAAAUCACUGGUAACCUCAUCAUUUCUUACUCUUUACCAUAAUUUCAUAGCAAAGGCGGAAGCUUUUGCACAGAGCUUGCAAAGAAACCAGGAAAACAAGCAUCAAAAGUGAUCAAAAUCCCACCUUGACCUUAUUCUGAGCGACAGAGAGAUGGGUUUGAGCAGCCCUUUUGGCCAGGCCUGUUCCCAUGUCUCCGUGAUCAUGAUCACAAGCUUUUUUCGCCACAAGAUUUGAAGGACUUCCAAGGCUUUCUCAGAAGGAAGAAAUCAUGGCCUUUGGGUCUUGGUUCUUGCCUUAAAAGAGGAAAGGAAAGAGAGUGUGUGAAUUUGAGAGAGAGAGAGAGAGAGAGAGAGAGAGAGAGAGAAAAGGUGUGGUUUUUGUUGUUCUUGGGGUUGUGGAGAGAUGGCUGGAAGAAGGGUUUAUGGAGGCUCCAACAUGGCUGCUUUGUUACAGAGUGAAGGGAUCCCUGCUGAAACUAUUGAGGCUUUGCUUUCUCCUGGAUCCAAUCCUGGUGGUUUCCUUGUGUCAAGAAACCUGGUCAACUUUGAAGAUGUUUGUGGAAACACAUCUGAGAGGCCAUCUUUCUACCGGCCAUUUGAUUUAGAAGAAAACGUGGUUGUCGACGAAGAGCUCAACGACGAGAGCCUUCACCAGCCGGAGAAGAAGAGGCGUCUCACAACUGACCAAGUCCGGUUCCUCGAGAAGAGUUUUGAGCUUGAGAAUAAGCUUGAACCCGAGAGGAAAAUUCAGCUCGCCAGGGAUCUUGGUCUGCAACCUCGACAGGUUGCAAUUUGGUUUCAGAAUCGUCGAGCUCGAUGGAAGACAAAACAACUCGAGAAGGACUAUGAAGCACUUAAAAUUAACUUCAAUGUUUUAAAAACAGAUCAUGAUAACCUCCUCAAGGAAAAAGAUAAGCUCAAAGCAGAGAUUGUUUCGCUCACGGAAAAGCUGAUGCACAAAGAGAAAGACAAAGAUGACAAAGGCAACAAACAUGCAUUAGAAUUCAAGAAUUCAAUUAACAAUGAGGCAGUAGUUGAGACCAAAAGAUUGGAUGUUCAAGCCUCAACUCUUGUUUGCAAACAAGAAGAUCUGAGUUCUACAAACAGUGCCGUAUUCGAUUCCGAUAGCUCACAUUACACCGACGAAGUCGGACACACCGUCUCAUCCAAUGCAUUCGAGCCCGAUCAUUCUGAUCUGUCACACGCCGAGGAGGAUGGAGAGGUAAAAAAGUAUCCAUUCUUGAAGUUUGAAGAUAACAACUCAACGGAUUACGGUGUGCCGGUGGUGGUGGAGGAUCAAUCAUUCUGGUUCUGGAAUUACUAAAGAUCGAACCAAUAUGAAUCAAUCAAUCAAUCAAGCUUUGCUUAUGUUUGUCAAUAUUAUGUGGUGAAAUUUGCAGCAAUAAAAGCCAGCAGUUUGGCGACUCUUUCUUUGCUGGAGUCAAUCCCCUUUGUAUCUUGUUAUCAAUUCAAGAAUCAAGAACUUAUCUUUAUUUCUA